AUGUUUCCAAUGCUCAGAAUGUGCCACGCUACUCGUCGAUCUUAUCUAUUUUUCUCACGAUGGAAAGGACAACAAACCUGUAUGCCUUGGAUGUUUCCACUCCAAUGGUUCUUCAUCACUGACGUGCACGACUUGCAACGAGCGAUUUGGUUGGCACGACGCAUCAGCGGACGUGCUUCUGUUGCCUCAGGUUAUGCUCCAAAAUCUUCUUGUACGAUAGUACGUCUCCGUCAAGCAAGAACCAUUAUACUUGGGCCUCAAGACCUGUGCGUGGAGGAAGAGAAUUAUUUCGAGGAGGAUCGAAUAGCAACGUCUUCAUCACCGUCAAGGAAGAUCCCACACCCUAGUGUCGAGCAUCAUCGGCGAAAACAUCGUUCUGUGGAAGGACGAGCUGUUGGGACGCCCAUGAGAAUCCCAUCAUCUCCAAGAGCACCUCGUCCACCGCAGCGUGCUCCACCACCACCGCCUCCUCCAGCGGAGAACAUCUACGAGACGGUGCUGCCGUCCACGGCAUUGCGAAUCGAGAACCAUUUCGAGCACGACGCUGAGGGACGAUAUACCCGCACGCCAAGCAAGACAAGACGGCAAGAGGAGCAACACGGGUACAGGUGA